AUGCAGAUAAGCAGGCCCUAUUUUGGACAGACUCAGAACUUACUUAGUGCAACUCUUGGAUCCCCUUAUUCAGCCUUUUCAUACAUAAGCUUUGACCGCAGGUGCUUAGGGCACGUAACAUGUCGGUCGUCCGAACGAAAGUCUUAUGUGACAUGGGGUUAG